AGAACAAAAAAAAUAAAAUAAAAUCACCGAUAUUCCAAAAAGCCCAGAAAAAAAAAAUCCCUCUCUCUAAACCGAAAUUUCUCUUUUAAUAAUCCGUUAAUGGCCGUGGACUCGAUCCUGUCGUCCCCAUUGGGCCCACCGGCAUGUGAGAAGGAUGCCAAGGCCCUCGAGUUCAUCGAGGAGAUGACCCGAAACGCAGACUCUGUCCAGGAGAACGUCCUGGCCCAAAUCCUGGCCCGAAAUGCCGAGACCGAAUAUCUCAAGGGCUUCAAUCUGAACGGGGCCACUGACCGCGAUACUUUCAAAUCCAAAAUCCCCAUAGUCUCCUACGAGGAUCUCCAGCCCCUGAUUCAAAGGAUCGCCAAUGGCGACCGGUCCCCGAUUUUAUCGGCCCACCCUGUUUCCGAAUUUCUCACCAGCUCCGGGACCUCCGCCGGUGAGAGAAAGCUCAUGCCGACUAUUAAAGAAGAAUUGGACCGCCGCCAGCUGCUGUACAGCCUUCUCAUGCCUGUCAUGAACUUAUAUGUGAAGGGCUUAGACAAGGGCAAGGGCCUCUACUUCCUCUUCAUCAAAUCCGAGACCCAAACACCCAGCGGGCUCCCGGCCCGACCCGUCCUGACGAGCUACUACAAAAGCGACCACUUCCGGACCCGCCCCCACGACCCGUUUAACGUGUACACCAGCCCAAACGAGGCCAUCCUCUGCCCCGACUCAUUCCAGAGCAUGUACACCCAGAUGCUCUGCGGGCUUUACGAACGCGAGCAAGUCCUCCGGGUCGGGGCCGUCUUCGCCUCGGGCCUCCUCCGGGCCAUCCGCUUCCUCCAGCUCAACUGGGCCCGUCUGGCCGACGACAUCCGAUCCGGAUCCCUCCACCCGGACAUCACCGACCCGACAAUCCGGGCCCACAUGGCCCGUUUCAUGAAGCCCGACCCGAACCUCGCAGACUUCAUCUCCCGCGAAUGCUCCCUCGAGAAUUGGGAGCGGAUCAUCCCCCGAAUCUGGCCCAACACCAAGUACCUCGACGUGAUCGUGACCGGGGCCAUGGCCCAAUACAUCCCGACCCUCGACUACUACAGCGGCGGCCUCCCCAAGGCUUGCACGAUGUACGCGUCCUCCGAGUGCUACUUCGGCCUCAACCUCAACCCGAUGUGCAAGCCCUCCGAGGUCUCGUACACCAUCAUGCCCAACAUGGCCUACUUCGAGUUCAUCCCACACGGAGAAAGCGGGCCGGCCCGGCCCGUUGACCUGGCCUGCGUCGAGGUCGGCAAGGAGUACGAGCUCGUGAUCACGACCUACGCGGGCCUUUACCGGUACCGAGUCGGAGACAUCCUCCGAGUCACGGGCUUCCACAACUCGGCUCCCCAGUUCCGGUUCGUCCGGCGCAAGAACGUCCUACUCAGCAUCGACUCCGACAAGACUGACGAGGCCGAGCUGCAAAGCGCAGUCGAGAGCGCCUCGAAGCUCCUCCGAGCGUUCGACGCGUCCGUGGCAGAGUACACGAGCUACGCCGACACGAGCACGAUCCCGGGACACUACGUCGUGUACUGGGAGCUGCUGGCGAAGGACCCGGUCAACUCGCCUAGUCGGGAGGUACUCGACCGGUGCUGCCUCGCCAUGGAGGAGUCGCUCAACUCGGUGUACCGGCAGUGCCGGGUCGCGGAUAGCUCGAUCGGCCCGCUAGAGAUUCGGGUCGUGAGGAGUGGGACUUUCGAGGAGCUCAUGGACUACGCGAUCUCGCGCGGGGCCUCGAUUAAUCAGUACAAGGCUCCGAGGUGCGUCAGCUACACGCCUUUCAAGGAGCUUCUCGACUCGCGGGUCGUGUCAGCACAUUUCAGCCCGUCGUUGCCGCAUUGGACGCCGGAAAGGCGCCGGUGAAGGGGGAAUGGAAAAUGAAAGUUAAAUAAGUUGAAUAAGUGAAAUUGUCAAGAGUAAUUAAUUACCAAAGUAAUGGGAGUCAAAAUUGGGGAGGUCAUGGGUAGUUUGUUUACUUGGUUUUUCUAUUGUCAUUAUUCUCUUUCUUUGUUAUUGAGUUUUUGUGUGUUUGUGUGAUGGUUUUUGUAUUGGAUUAGUAGUAUUGUAGAGUAGGAAGGAGCGUGCGGGCGAGAAGUUAGGUGAUGUGUUUGUGGUUGGGCUGUGAAAGGGAUUGUGAGAUGAUGACUUGGGCUUUGUUGAAUGGGUUUGAAUUUGGAUUAGGUUUGUGUUGUUGGAGUAAAUGAUUACAAGUUAUGUCAAAUUAAUGAAUGUCUUUUUCGGA